AUGGUUGGUUGCCGAAUGUAUCGAUCUCCUUACCUGGAAAAAAGAUCCGUGGUCAUGGUUCGGGUUGAUUCUCACUCGGAGGUUGUGGCCGGCCCUUGUCAGGCGCCUCUUCCAGCACAGCUUCCACUGCCGUUUCCAGUGUUUCAGCUGUCUAUCCAGGCCGUGGUUUCCGCGUACUUCGCUCCAGAUUUGUUGUCUGCCGGACACUUUUCAUCCGUCUUACUCUCCAAGGGGUUAGCAACGAGGAUAAGCAUGCUUGUGAUGUUAAGUUCACCAAAAGCUUGCAUCUUAGGUCCAUUAUGCAACGCGUUGCCCAGACUCGUGAUGCUUUGGAGCAUACCAUUCAUCCUAUGCCUUACGAGUCUUGGAGGAUCGUUGAUUGAUGAGUCUGGUUACUGCUUUGUCGUAGCUUUGACUAGGGGGCGUUUACCUGUGGAUGAGUUUUUGUCGGUGCAAGAUUUUAUUAACAAGCUCCCUAGAAAUUUGGUAAACGAAUCUGGUAUUACCGACUUGAAACAUGCAACUGACACUCUCAGAAAUAAAGGUCUCCUCUUGGAACGACACGGUCCUGUUCUAACCUUCGAGCCAGGUCGAAGGGGUGCCAUUAUAUACACCAGAAGAUGCAUAUGUAGUGAUACUGGGUAUUUUAAGGAUACUUGGUACGAGAAUAUUAGAAGCCAACGUAUGCUGGGACCUGUCACAGUCUCUGUGAUUUGGUUUCCGAGCUAUAGUGGUAGAGAAAGAGAUGGAAGUGUACUUACGCCAACAAGGGAAGAAGUUGCAAGACAUCUAGCUAAGCCUAAAAAAGGUCAGGUGCACACCAUGCUCUUAUGUGGCGAUGGUGUUGAUGAGCAUUUAGUUCCCUUCUGGGAGUUACAGGAGAGCAGCGGCGAUAGAGGCUAUCUACGUUUAUCCGGAAUGAAAGACCCGAGUUUAAUUCUUGAGUAUGUGCUGAUUGAAGUCUAA